GCCGGACAACUGGUUUGACUUGUUUCCGGCUCACUCCAACCGCCCAGAGCCACCAACAAACCGACUGUCGGCAGAGGACGGAGCAGAGCAGCGGCCGUCGGCACAAUUUGAUUGCAUUUAUGAAAAGCGUUUUCGCCCGCCAGCACGCGUCCGCUCCCAGCUCGCAAUUUGCACUCCACUCCACGCCAUCCGUAAUCCGUGAACCCGUGAAUCCAUAAUCCGCAGCUCACAGUUCGCAGUUCGCAGUCGGAAUUUCCCUCAACGGGUGCUUAAACGCUGAAACGCGGAACCCAAACAGAAAUUAAACAUUUUGUGUGUGUCCAGUGUCAAAAACACUCUAUCAAUAACAAUUUAAAAGAGUGAACAAUACGAUCUCAAAGUGCAGUGAAGGAGUCCACAUUGGCGCCACUAGUUGCCAGCAUGUCCAGCCACGAGGAGGAUGACCACGAGCACGAGAUCGAGCACGGCGACGAGGUCGAGGAGCAGGAGAUCCACGUGGACGUCGACUCCGACUCCCGGAUGUCUUGCGGCAGCGGAUCCGAUGUGGAUAUGGACGGCGGCAGCUGCUACGAUGAGUCCGAAACGCCAUUGAGUGAAUCCCUGCAGUCGGAGCAGACGCGCUCCUCGUCCAGCGAGAAUCUGCCCUUCAGCAUAUCACGCCUGCUAUCCAAGCCCUUCGAGACGAGCCAUCAUCACCACAAUAACAACAACAACUUGAGCAGUCCCGGCUCCAGCAGCAACAACAACAACAAUAACAACAACAACAACAGUGGGGAGAAGGGCGAGGAGAAGGAGCUGCUGCAGCAGGAGGACCACGACCUGGCCGCCUAUAAGCUGGCCACCAGCAUCGCCAACUCGACGUACGGAAGUGCAGCGGCCCUCUACUCGUACCCGCACCUCUAUCCCGCCGGUCAUGUGCUGCGAGUGCCGCCCCAGCGAUCGCCGAUCACCUGGGCCCUUCCGCCACUGCACCACGCUGCGUUGGCCCAUCAGGCGGUCAAGGAUCGGCUGGCAGCCGCCUUUCCCAUCGCCCGACGGAUCGGACAUCCCUACCAGAACCGCACUCCGCCGAAGCGGAAAAAGCCACGCACCUCCUUCACGCGCAUCCAGGUGGCCGAGCUGGAGAAGCGCUUCCACAAGCAGAAGUAUCUCGCCUCCGCGGAACGGGCGGCCUUGGCCCGCGGCCUCAAGAUGACCGACGCCCAGGUGAAGACGUGGUUCCAGAACCGACGCACCAAGUGGAGACGUCAGACGGCCGAGGAGCGGGAGGCGGAGCGGCAGGCGGCGAACAGGCUGAUGCUCUCGCUGCAGGCGGAGGCGAUCAGCAAGGGCUUCGCUCCCCCCUCGGCGCCACUGGGCUCCCAGGGGGCGUGAACGGGGCGCCACUGGCGGCGCUGCACGGACUGCAGCCGUGGGCAGAGGCGUCGCACGCGGCGGGAUGCUAAUCGCCGCCCGCUCUGUUUUGGCGGGAACUGGUUUAUUUGUGAUACACUUCGCUUUGUACAUAGUUCGGGAGGAUCCGACAGUGCGCACUGUACAUACGAGGAGGGGGCGUGUCUCGAGGCCCCACUGUAAAUACCUAGCUUUACUCUGUAGUGACGCUUACCUAACCGAUUCUGGAAUGAGGAUGAGGACGACGAUGAAGAGGCACCUGGACCAGCGCUUUAAGUUCGGCAGAAUCUCGAAUUCGAAUUUCCGUUUGUGUUUCGUAGUGCUGCAUUUAGACUAUUAUUGUUCGACAGUUCAACCGAAGCAAUCCGCAUCUCAAAACGUCGCCGUGAGCUGGGAAGCCACGCCUAGAAAUAACAUAUUUAAUACACAAAAUUAUAUACGAAUUGUAAUGUAUUGUAACUGUAAUAUCUGUCUCUAGGCUUAAGUCGAAUGGCAUUAUCUAGUAUUAUAAAUUAUGAACCCUAACUACAUGUACGAUUAUUAAAAGUAAACAAGAAGAGCAAUGAAA